AUGGAGGCCCCGGAGGUCCCCGUGGGUGCACUGAUUGACUUCGGGACUGAGCCAUCCCCCUCCGAGCCCCUAGAGACACUGCCUCCGAAGCUGCAGGAUGGGGACAGCUCCCAGGGCGACGGUGCUUCGGAGAGUGAGACCACAGAGUCUGCGGACAGCGAGAAUGACAUGGGCGAGUCACCCUCACACCCGUCCUGGGACCAGUACCGCCGCUCCUCCUCCAACGAGUCCUUCUCUUCCAACCAGAGCACCGAGUCGGCCAAGGACGAGGAGACCCUGGAGCUCCGGGAGUUCAUGCGCAGCUACGUGGAGAAGAUCUUCUCUGGAGGGGAGGACUUGGACCAGGAGGAGAAAGCCAAGUUUGGAGAGUACUGUAGCAGUGAGAACGGAAAGGGCCGCGAGUGGUUUGCUCGAUACGUGAGCGCCCAGCGCUGCAACUCCAAGUGUGUCUCGGAGCCGACCUUCUACCGCCUGGUGCAGUCUUUCGCCGUGGUCCUGUUCGAGUGUCAUCAGAUGGACGACUUCGGGCCUGCCAAGAACCUCAUGACCAUGUGCUUCACCUACUACCACAUCGGUAAGCCACACCUGCUGCCUUCCGAGUGCAAGGAGAAGCCCACGGGGAGCAUCGACUCCUACCUGAAAUCCGCCAACAGCUGGCUGGCAGAGAAGAAGGACAUUGCUGAGCGGCUGCUGAAGAACACAUCAGCCAAGACAGAGAACGUCAAGGGCUUCUUUGGGGGGCUGGAGACCAAGCUGAAGGGACCCCUGGCCAGGAAACACGAGGAGGAAGAGAACAAGCCCAGGGAGAAGCCACAGAAGACUGUGACCGUGUGCAGCCCGGAGGAAGAAAGGAAGGGGGAGAAGGUCUACCUGUACACGCACCUGAAGCAGCAGCCCAUCUGGCACACGCUGAGGUUUUGGAACGCGGCUUUCUUUGACGCUGUCCACUAUGAGAGGAGAAAGCGGUCUCCUACCACCAGAGGGGAUGCUGGAGAGGAGGAGAAGAAGAGGGAGAAGUGGUGCCACAUGACCCAGGAGGAACGCAACGACAGUCUGCGGUUCAAUGAGAACAUCACCUUCGGGCAGCUGGGCACAUUCACUCACAACAUGCUGGCAUUUGGGCUCAACAAGAAGCUGUGUAAUGAUUUCCUGAAGAAGCAGGCCGUGAUCGGCAAUCUGGACGAAGAGCAAUACAAGCUGCUGAGCGACCACAUUGAACAGAUGGCCGUUGAGUAGGCAGGCCAUGGGAGGUCGCCCGGAGCACCCUCCAGGAGGACUGAAGGUGCACACCCUUCUCCUGGGCCAGCGACUGGCUGUCACCCCACCUGAAGACCCUGCAUGACCUCGGCAGCACCCAGAGCCGCUCCACACUGCCCUAGAACUAGCAGUUAGAACAAUCUGGUUGCCCGUCUCCCCACCUCCCUUCUGCCUUGUCUGCUCCCCCCAUCUGCGUGCCAUAGGGUCCCUGGGAUUACACGAUAAAACCAAGGUGACUGCCCC